UGGUUUGUCCGUCGGAUAUUGUAGGCUAUAGCCUCCGUAUUCACGUGGUUGUACCGAUCCAACAUUGGGUUACAGUCUCUUCUCUUACAUUAGCAAGGUACUUUCGGAUUUCUCUGUGAUAUGGGAGGGAUGAUGCUGAGGUGAGCGCAGCUUGCAACCAGUUUGUCAGAGCUCCGCAUCAAUCGUCGGAUAGGAUAGUAACAUCACAUUUGCUCAAUGAGAGCAUAAGGACACGAGAGAGGAUACUGAAUUUCGACCUGAUGCGAUAACGUGCCGUUCUAUGUACCUCUAUAUAAGAGGCUAAUAUGAAGACAUCAAUGGUCAAGCCAGACCCUGGAAAUUAUCUGGAAUCCUCCCAUGUUGUUUGAAGCCUAAGGCAGGACCAUGCAUUGUGUCUGGUGAAAACCAGUCCACCCUCCUUCUACCAAACCAUUGAGAGUGAAGACACACACACGCACGCACGCACGCACGCACGCACGCACGCACGCACGCACGCACGCACGCACGCACGCACGCACGCACGCACGCACGCACACACACACACACACACACACACACACACACACACACACACACACACACACACACACACACACACACACACACACACACACACACACACACACACACACACACACACACACACCACAGAGAUGGGUUUGGACCAGCCCUGCUUGGAUAUGGUGGUGCAAAGGCCCUUUCUGGGUGCAACAUGUAAUAGGCACCCCCACCAGAACCUGCGAAGAAAGAUGAGGCCCAUACGAAUCCUGGGUUUUGUAUUCAGCCUGGUAGCCAUAAGCGCAAUCUCAUUUUCCUUCAGUGCCUUGACCUGGAGCUCAGGGACCUACUCAGAGCCGCUCCUGCCCCAGGAGGCCAUCCUUCAGGCAGGCCCAACUCCACACAGGACUCUACUUUCCACACAGCACCAGAGGGACCGCAAUAUCUCAGCCGACAUUCCCGUGGCAAUGAGGUCUUCGGCAGACGGCAACGAGAGCCAGGGGGACUACCCCACGGACCUGUUCACGCUGGAGGAGAGACGCCAGGGUGCUGUGGUGCUCCACAUGUUUGGGAUGCUGUACAUGUUCAUCUCUUUAGCCAUUGUGUGUGAUGAGUUCUUCGUGCCCGCUCUGACAGUCAUCACAGAGAAGCUGGCCAUCUCUGAUGAUGUGGCGGGGGCCACCUUCAUGGCGGCAGGUGGGUCGGCGCCGGAGCUCUUCACUUCAGUCAUUGGUGUAUUCGUCUCCCACAGCAAUGUGGGCAUCGGGACCAUUGUGGGCUCAGCUGUCUUCAACAUUCUCUUUGUCAUUGGAAUGUGCGCCAUCUUCUCCAGGGAGAUCCUCAAUCUGACCUGGUGGCCCCUCUUCCGUGACGUCUCCUUCUACAUCAUGGACCUGAUCAUGCUCAUCUGUUUCUUCCUGGAUAACUACAUCUCCUAUUGGGAAAGUAUUGUGCUACUUUCAGCCUAUGCCGCCUAUGUGAUCUUUAUGAAGUUCAACAGCAACGUGGAGGGCUUCGUGAAAGGCUGCAUGAACAAGAAUCAAGUGGUGGAGGUGGAAGUGCAGCCCAAGGCUGUGAGUCCCGGGGCACCAGAGGAUGAGAGCAAGCUGUCGGCUAGGCCCCGGCUUCAGAGAGGUGGUAGCUCAGCCUCCCUGCACAACAGCCUGAUGAGAAACAGUAUCUUCCAGCUUAUGAUCCACACACUGGACCCUCUCAGUGAAGAAUUUGCUGAUUCUGGACAAUUCAGAGAAAAGGCAUCCAUCCUUCAUAAGAUUGCCAAAAAGAAAUGCCAAGUAGAGGACUGCGAGAAGGCUAAUGGAGUCGCCAGCCGAUCAGAUAAAAAUCUUCCAAACAGCUCAAAUGUUGAGGUGGAAGUCACACCACCAAUGAAUGGCACUACAGGACAAGAAGGGGAAGCUCUGGCUGAGGAUGAGGAGGAUGAGGACCAGCCUCUGAGCCUGUCCUGGCCAGAUACCAUGCGCAAGCGUUUCACCUACCUCAUCAUCAUGCCCAUCGUCUUCCCUCUGUGGCUAACACUACCUGAUGUCAGGAAACCAACUGCAAAGAAGUUCUUUCCCAUCUCAUUUCUGGGUUCUAUCUGUUGGAUUGCUGGAUUCUCCUACUUAAUGGUGUGGUGGGCUCACCAGGUUGGAGAGACCAUUGGGAUUACAGAAGAGAUUAUGGGCUUGACUAUAUUAGCAGCUGGUACCUCCAUCCCUGACCUAAUCACCAGUGUCAUUGUUGCACGGAAGGGGCUGGGGGAUAUGGCCGUGUCCAGCUCUGUGGGCUCCAACAUCUUUGACAUCACUGUUGGCCUGCCGUUCCCAUGGCUCCUCUGGUCCAUUAUCAACAACAUGCGGCCUGUGGCGGUGAGCUCUAACGGGCUGUUCUGCGCCAUUGUGCUGCUCUUUCUCAUGCUCAUCUUCGUCAUCAUCUCGAUUGCUGCCUGCAAGUGGCGGAUGAGCAAGCUGCUGGGCUUCAUCAUGUUCGUGCUCUACUUAGUUUUCCUGGUGGUCAGCGUUAUGCUGGAAGACAAGAUCAUCGCCUGCCCUAUAUCCAUCUGAGACCCCUCCACUCCUGCCACAAAAUGUUCACUCCUUCUACAGGAUACAAGAAGCAUGGAUAGGGAUAGAGGAAAUACAUUUUUUUAAAACUUUCAGAAUAAGGGCGCGUGAUUAGGCUCGGCUGAUUCACUGGACGGCUAGACCUGAGCGGAAGUAGAUAAUAUUAAUAAUAAUCAAUCAUCAUCAUCAUGAUAAUAAUAAUACAAAAUAAUAUUAUUAUUUUGGGGCGGGUGGUUGGGGGUUGUAGAUGGCCGGGGGAUGUUGUUUUUUGGGAUGGGGGGGUGUAUUAGCCAGGUAGAGGAGCAACUAUGCCGUCUUAUGCAUGUCACUUGUUUUACUCAGUGGACUACUCAGUAGAAUACUCAGUAGAUUGAGGAGGCUGAAGGAAGUACACAAGAGACUUCUGACAAAGCUGUGGUGGCUGAGCCUGGCAUGAAACACCAGAGGUGCAACAAUAAUGCUUUCUGCUUCAGGACAGAUUGUGAGAAACCUUUUUGAAUAAAACUUUGGAUGACACUCUUUAACUGGUUUCACUGACUGACCAGAUGACUUCACUCGACUUGUCACUCCAGGUGUUUGUUGUAUAGUGAGUUUGAUGAUGAUGAAGGGAUGUUGCUGAUACUCCACACAAUGUGUGGAUACACACAACACUAAAAUAUGGUUUGGAGCCAUGAUUAUCUCCUCUCUUGUGUACUUAGUGACAGAGCAUCAAAAUACGAAGCAGUCCAAGCAGUUUUGAAUGCAGAGCUGGAGAUAGGAACUGAUUUUGGCAAAUGUAUCUUUUGCUUUGUCCAAAAGACUAAAGUUCAAAUAUUCCAUCUCCCCUUCUGGAUGUCAUUGCUCAACAUGUCUGUUCAGAAGAUUCAUGUAUUAUUUUUGGAUCAACACUAUAGCUCUAAUUACUAAAAUAGUAGUAGCCCAGUUGUACUGUAGCAGUAACAUGUACUCUAGGUGUUGGAUCUUGCCUCUUCCUGGGUCCUGAUAGGCCUACUUAUGAUCUUAUCCACUUCUCCACCCGCCAUUGGACAUAAGAGUUCAUAUUGUACAGAGCUUGCCAUGCUUCACACACCAAUUGGAAAUGUAAACUCUACUGGAAAUGUUUAACUUGAAACCCAAUUCAAUCAAUUGCAGACAAAUGAAAAAACAUAACAUAAUUGACUCAAUGUUUAAGCUGGAAUAUAAGGACAGAUGUGGUUGCACAUCAAUAUACAAAGACUACAGAUACGAUUCAAAAUUGAGAUAAGUGAAUGAAACUGCUACUUUUGUAUCAAUUUGGAAUAACGCCAAGAGAUUGGGGUUGUGUCCAUUUUCAAACAUUUAACAACUCUGACACACAGUGUAAAAAUUCUGAGUAAAACCACAGGGUAGUUUAAAAAGAAUCUGCACUUGAUUGAAUUGGCCUCAUCUGCAGCCUUUCAAAAAUAUAUAUUAGCUUCCAAUAUUCUUCACUCUGAAUAAACAAAGCAUGUGUAGACUCCGAUAGGACACUCAUAACCAAUAUGUAAAGUCAAAAUACAGUAGUAGAUAAGAUAACUGGCACUCGAUGUUUGAAAUAGUCAUAAAAUGCUAUACUUAGAUUAGUGAAUGUUUAGCACACUCUUGAAAUUAAGACUUUAAUUAAUAUGCAGGCUCCUAGAGAAGUUUAUAGGAGCAGUAAAAUGCAUGAUACAUUUUCUUGUUAUACCUGCCAGAAUAAUCACUACCCAAAAAAUUAUGAAUUCUCAAAUAUUUAGCAUUUCAAUAUUUCUUUGACGCAAGAGUGUUAGGCUUCUAUGUACAAAACGACAACAAUAUGUAUGGUUAAUGUCUAUCAACCUUGUGCAAUUUAUUUUCAAUUGAAGGGUGCUUUUGUCUGCAUGUGGGAAGUCUGUAUACUCUGCCAUUGUAAAAAUGGACAUUUGAUUAACAAAAAGGUACAGUAAUAACAAAUGAAUGGAGGUUACCAGUAUUUUGCAGCAAAUGGAAACUUAUUAUAGAAAUCUAUAAUUAUCUAUAUAGUCAGCAAAUCUCAUGCAGUCGUUUUUACAGUCACCCAUAAACUACAGUACAUGGAACAUUGACAUCACAAAACUAACAGCAAUAUACUGUAUACUGUAUGUCAGGGUUGGGGUCAAUUCUGAUUUUAAAAAUGUUUUAAAGGAGAGUGGAAUUCCAUUAUGCAUAAGUAUCUUCUGAAUCUUUAUUUAGACAUUGAAUAAUUAAAUAGGGAACACAGGCAAGGAGGAGGGAA